AUGUCGAGAGCACUCCAACGACCGUGCUAUCUCAUGGAUGGGUCGGACGAUGACGCGGGCUUCUCGAGGAUUGGCCGCCGACGGACUAGACGAGGCUUCUGCCGCCCGGUGACCUCGCCACGCUACAACGGGUCACUUUGCAAUUUGGGUUCAGUAGUGGAAUCGGAGAAGAGAAGCGCUGAGACGCGCUUGUCGAGAAACGUGGAAUGGUAUUCCAAUGAGACGCGAGGGUCAGCUGUUGACAAUGAACUGCGGCCUCUUCCGGUCCUUAAUCCCACGACCAACAAAGCCGUGGGAACGCUGACCAUUCCCGGGCCCAACCCGGCCUCGACACUACAAACCGUCGAGCUACCACCAUUGAAGGAUGACCAGAUCCAUGUCCGGGUGCGCAACUUCUCCAACGACGCCGCCAUCCGCACCUUCAUCGGCUCCCCCGUUGAGAACCACCAGAUGGAUCUUCCGCUUGUCCCCCUCGGCGCUCCGAUGAGCUCAAGCAGCCUGGCGAGGUUCUCGAGUCCAAAUCGCCCAAUCGGUGCGUACGCCUGCGUCAACUACAAGAGUCCGAGCUUUGACCGGGCCCUGAGGGAUACCACGCCGGACGAGGUGGAUAUCAAUGAGCCAAUGCAGCUGCGCAACUGGUUUGAGAUUGUCUCGCAGCGGUUGACUGUUAAGGGGCUCUUCAUGUUUGACCAUAUGGAUGAAGUGCCCGAGACGAUGGAGAAGCUCAUCGCUGGGGCGGCGGAGGGCCGCAUCAAGGUUGAUAUUGAGGAUGUCGUGCCCGCCACUAUCGAGCAGGUGCCGAAUGUCUGGCUGCGCAUGUACGAGGGCAUUAGAGAGGCCGAGGGUCUGUGGAGUUUGUAUUGUAUUGUACCGACGUGGAAAGAACCCAUCGGCUGGACUAGCCCCGGGUUCUCGUCUUCCGCCUCGGCCGCCCGCGUGCCUUCUUCACAGUCUUAA